AUGUACAACCAUCUGUCGGCAAAUCCUUACUUUGGGGCUGGUGCCGGACUUGCGGGCAUCGGAUUGUGUUUGUCGCUUGCUCGGAAAUUGAUGAUCAUGUCGAAUACAUUAUUCAGAAGACGGUUCUUGAUAUCGUUGCAAAUCAGUAACGAAGAUCCCGCAUAUCCAUGGUUGCUGGAUUACAUUAAUCGAAAUAGCGCACGCCAAACACGGCAAAUCUCAGUGCAUACUUUAGUUAGCCAAGCAGAAAGUGGUCGAACUGUUACAAAUUUCACAUAUUUACCAGGGCAUGGAAUGCAUUAUUUCACGUACAAUUACCGAUGGAUACAGGUGGAAAGGCAGCGAGAAAAGCAGGUCAUACAAAAAGGAAAUUAUCAUACACCUUUUGAAACGGUCACAUUAACAACUUUGGGUACUGAUGUGCGGUUCUUAACAAAUUUGCUCGAUAAAGCCACCUCUGAAGCGCUGCAACAUGUUGAAACGGGUCUGGUUGUCUACCGAGCUGUAGGAUCGGAAUGGCGUCGUUUUGGCACUCCAAUGCGAAAAAGACCUUUAACAUCGGUGAUAUUAGACGACGGUGUUGCAAAUUCAAUUGUGAACGAUUUCCAGGAAUUUUGUUCAUCUUCCAAAUGGUACACGGAACGUGGGAUUCCAUAUCGUCGUGGCUAUUUAUUUUACGGACCUCCUGGAUCCGGUAAGAGCAGUUUCAUUGCUGCAUUAGCUAGCUAUUUUGGUUAUAGCGUGUGCAUGUUAUCACUCAGCGAACGAACCCUUGACGAUGAUCGCUUAAAUCAUCUUUUGAAUACUCCACCUCCUUAUAGUGUAGUGGUAUUGGAAGAUGUGGAUGCCGCUUUUGGUUCUCGUGACGAUCCAGUGCAGUCUUCUAAGGCCUAUGAAGGUUUAACUAGAGUGACAUUUUCGGGACUGUUGAAUGCGAUUGAUGGUGUUGCUAGUGCAGAUGAACGAAUACUUUUCAUGACAACUAAUCAUGUUAAUCGUCUUGAUUCAGCUCUAAUACGUCCAGGUCGUAUCGAUGUGAAGCAAUAUUUUGGUUAUUGCACCGAGGCUAUGUUUUCUAAGAUGUUCAAGCAUUUCUAUGGGUAUAAUAUUACCGAAGAUAUGGCUGUGAAAUUUCGAAAAGCUGCAGUAACACUGGAUAUGGAAAUAAGUCCAGCUGAAGUGCAAGGAUACUUAUUAUUACGCAAGGAAGAUCCACAAGCCUCUAUUGAUGAUAUCGCAACGAUUAAGCAUGCAACUGAAAGGAAUAUGUGACGAAACAGACAUGUUCGGAUAUAAGAAAAAUACAUAUGAUGAUUUUGCGUUAAGUGCUUUGAUUUAUAUGUUGCUGAACAUUACAUAUGAAAUUAAAGAUCAAAAGCCGUUUCUGUAAUGCUUUAUUGGAUUUCGAAAACGCUUCUAAAAUCAAGAUUACUAAUGAUAUUAGCACUUUGGUAGUAUAAUACGUAUGUUGAAUACUUGUAGAAAGG